AUGGUGGCGGCGGGCGCUCACCGGCCCGGGCCGCUGAAGCAGCAGAACAAAGCGCACAAGGGCGGGAAGCACAGCGGGUCGUCUCAGCGCCGUGCUGGAGGGAAGGUGAGGGGGGGGGGGGCCCAGCCACGCCGGCGCAUCCGCGACCUCAGCAGGGUGGACCGGCGGCACCAGGCGCUGCAGCUCCGCCGGCAGCGCAAGGAGGCGGUGCUAGCAGAGAAGCGGAGCUUGGGCAGCAGGGAUGGGCCCCCGCACCUCGUGGUUCUGGUGCCACUGCACAGCAGGGCUGCAGCCCACGACACCGUCCACUUGCUGCAAAGCCAGGAGUCUGCUGUUGUCCGCAUGGAUGAGAGGAGAGCUGGUGGCUUUGCGCUCCUCUGCCCCCGACUCAAGCAGCGCUGGCGCUUCGUGACAGCACAGGCAGGGGACCUUCAUGCUGUCUUAGACCUAGCAAAGGUUGCUGACUCUCUCCUGUUCAUCCUGGAUCCUGACAAUGGCUGGGACAGCGCAGGGGAGUACUGCCUCUCCUGCCUCUUUGCACAGGGGCUCCCCAGUUAUGCUCUUGCUGUCCCAGGGGGCACUGACUUGCCACCUAAGAAGCGGAUAGAUGGCAGGAAGAAACUGGCCAAAGCCAUUGAGAAGCGCUUUCCAGAGGCCAAGCUCUUCCCCCUGAACACGGAGCAGGAGUCCUCGCUGCUGCUGAGGCACCUCGCCACCCAGAAGCAGCGGCAUCUUGCUUUUCGGGACAGACGGGCUCACCUGCUCGCCUAUGCUGCUGAGUUUGUACCCGGUCAGGAGAGUGACCUGGUUGGGACCUUGAAGGUGUCUGGCUUUGUCCGGGGACAGGCCCUCGACGUGAACAGCCUGGUGCAUAUUGUGGGGCAUGGAGACUUCCAGAUGAGCCAGGUGGAUGCCCCCCCCGACCCCCUCUCUUUGAACCCCCAAGUGGUUAAAGGACAGAAGAGGAAUCAGGACAUGGAGAUACAGGAUGACUCUGUAAAUGGUACGGAUGAGAUGGAGGAAGAUGUUAAGGUCCUGAUGAAGGCGGAUCCAAACAAGCAGGAGUCUUUGCAGUCAGAAGUGGUUCCUGAUCCUAUGGAAGGGGAGCAGACGUGGCCUACUGAAGAAGAACUGCAAGAAGCAGAGGCUUCUCUGAAGGCAAACAGAAAGGUGGUGAAGGUCCCCAAAGGCACAUCCAAGUACCAGGCUGCCUGGAUUGUGGAUGAUGAAGAAGAGGGCAGUCAGGAAGAUGACGAUGAAGAUGAUGACAUCGAUGAUGAUAUGAUGGAAGAGGCAGUUUCCCAGGAGGGGGAAAGCAGUGAGGAGGAAGAGGAACCUGCAGAGGAGGAAUGUGAGACCAUGACUGUUUCCGAGUGCUUGCGGGACGACCAGUAUGACGAGAAGGUGGAGGAAGAUGAACAGAUGCUGGAGAGAUACAAACAGGAGAGAAUGGAUGAAAUGUUUCCGGAUGAGGUGGAUACGCCACGUGACGUACCUGCCAGAGUCCGGUUCCAGAAGUACAGGGGGCUCAAGAGCUUCCGGACUUCUCCAUGGGACCCCAAAGAGAAUCUCCCAAGGGAUUAUGCCAGGAUUUUCCAGUUCCAGGACUUCUCCCGAACCAGAAAGCACCUCUUCCGGCAAAUAGAGAAGGAGGAGACUGAAGGAGCCUCGGUUGGCUGGUACGUUACACUUCAUGUCUGCAACGUCCCUGUCUCAGUGAUGGAGAGCUUCAUAGAAAGGAAGCCCCUAGUCCUGUUCUCACUGCUUCCCCAUGAACAAAAGAUGUCCGUGUUGAAUUUCCUGGUGCGGCGGCAUCCGAGCAACAGUGAGCCAGUGAGGGCAAAGGAGGAGCUCAUCUUUCACUGUGGGUUCAGACGCUUCCGAGCAUCCCCCCUGUUCUCCCAGCACACCUCAGCUGACAAGCACAAGCUGGAGCGUUUUCUGCGCCCGGAUGCUGCCCUGGUGGUGACUGUUUACGCUCCCAUCACUUUCCCUCCUGCCUCAGUGCUUCUUUUUAAACAGAGAAGUAACGGUAAGUUGUGACUCUGCCUUGCCGGAAUGCAUGACCUCAUUGCCACGGGUUCUCUGCUUUCCGUGGACCCGGACAGAAUUGUCAUCAAGCGUCUGGUGCUCAGUGGCCAUCCUUUCAAGAUCUUUACCAAGACAGCUGUCGUGCGAUACAUGUUCUUUAACAGAGGUACAGCCUCUCUGUGUGGUGGGAAGAGGGCAUGUGGAAGCAGAAGUCCUGCCCCUGAGAGAGCGUGUGUUGGUGCAGCAAAGCCUGUUCCUUACCUGCCUUUUGUGUUUUGAUCUCCAGAGGAUGUGAUGUGGUUUAAGCCAGUGGAGCUGAGGACAAAGUGGGGUCGUAGAGGACACAUCAAGGAGCCAUUAGGGACCCAUGGUCACAUGAAGUGCCACUUUGAUGGACAGCUAAAGUCCCAGGAUACGGUGCUGCUGAACCUCUACAAGCGCGUUUAUCCUAAAUGGACUUAUGACCCCCAUGUUCCAGAGCCCGUGCCAUGGGUGAGGAGCGAGAGUGCGCUGCUGGUGGAGGAGGUAGAAAUGGAAUAA